CAUCUGAACUCCGUCUGGUAUAAUGACAUGGAUGGAGAGUGAAUAUAUAAAGACUGUCAUGUUCUCAUGUUUGACAUUUUCAACUCAUCAAUCAACCCUCAUCGACCACCAAAACCACAAAAGCUCUUCCCAAAGCCACCACACCACACUUUCAUCUUCACAACAACCUCAAAUCAAUUUCCAUAACAACCUCUCCAUCGACCAACCCACCUCCAAUAAUCACCAACAUGCAUUACGGACGCCCCGCAGUCAGCACCACUGCCGCUCACAUGGCUCAAUUCGAAGCCGCAUACGCGCAGUCCGCAAAGCCCACGUCAACUGGUUCUCGCCGCACAUCAAUCGUCUACACCAACGACGCCUCCUCAACAUACACUGGCCGCAAAGCCUCAUCCACAAUGUCGUCAAACAGCGACAAGUCGACGAUGAGCCGCAUGAUGGACAAGGCCAGGACGAAGCUGAGCUCCCGGCCCGUCGAUGCCGACAGCUUGUACGAAGACGACGUGCUGGCUGAGAAGUACCGAGCCGCUCAGGAGUACCGCGCUCAGCAGGCGGCUGAGAAGCAGCGCCAGGCUGUGCAGGAGCAGACUCGGACGCAUCAUCGCCGAGUUGCCAAUGGUGCUUAUCGGCAUUUGCUCAAGUAGAGACCUUGCGCAGGGAGGAUGGUAUUCAGAUUGACGACUAGAUAUCCCUGGGUUAGCUUGGAGUUGUUUACACGGUUGGGAAAAACCGAGACUGUAUCUUACUAGAUAGUUGAUCGAUUAUUAUUCGUCGCAAUUCGUAUCAUCACCUACCUAAUCCGAGAGACUCAGCUUUCUAUUGGGUGCUCAAGUGCUGGUGAGAUGGGAAUCAUCACGUGUCUUCCACGUGACAAGCUUGCGUGCGACACUGGACUCGCAGCGACGUCACCCCAGACGGUCUUGAACACCAUCCUCCGUGCAAAACCAAGUUUGUCAAUGAAUGAAUGCACAA